AUGUCCACCUGGAAGGAGUCAUUCCGUAGAGGCAUCUUUAGUUUCCGCUCCAACAACAUGGACGAUGCCUUACGCUGUUUCACUGAGGCAAUUGAGAUAUCAGGCAAAGAGUCUGCCAUAUACGACUCACGCGCAGCUGUGUACGAAAAGCUAAACAGAUUCAAAGAUGCUCUUCUCGACUCUAAGAAAGUCAUCGAUCUUGCCCCAAACCGUUGGCAGGGAUAUGCCCGCUGCUCUCGUCUCUUUUUGAAAUCGAACAAGCACAAUCAUGCCCUGCGUAUGGUACAACUGGCUCUCGAGCGCGUUCCGGUGAAUGACGGGAGAAGACUCACUGAACUUACGGCUUUGCGAAACCAAAUUUUCCAAAGCGUCGAGGAAUAUCAGCAGCGUGCAUCGAGAGCAUUCUACCACUUCGGGAAAUUGCCCCUGGAAUUAGCUAUCGCAGUUUUCAAGAUGGUGUUGGAAGAAGACCAUGCCCAAGUUAUCUCGCUUGCCCAAGUCUGUUCAGACUGGCGAUUCACCAUCCUUGAUACACCCUCUCUGUGGGGCACUCUCGUGCUAUCGAACAAGAACCCUGCGAAGAAAGCAAAAGUCUGGAGAGAGAGAUCCAGGGGAAGGCUUGUGGCGCUUUCCUUACGGGAUCGUCUUACCGAUGCCGAGUGGGUUCUUAAAGCGCUCAAGUACAUACCAUUGGACACCUUGCGCACCCUCAAUGUGGAUACUAUCUCGUUGCAUACAGUGCGCAAGCAUUUAAGUGGUCUAACGUGCGAUGUUCUGCGGGGGCUGGACGUUCUGAGCAUCACCAGAUGCCCUCCAUCUUCGUUCAUCGAGGCAGGCAUGCAACUACGCGUCCUCUCUGUGUCGGAUAGUCAUUUUGUGUGGACGGCCGCAGCGGAUCAUCUCACCCGUCUCGAAGAAUUCACUUUCGACGGUGCUUUCCGCUCUGAUGCCCGACCCCAUCUUCUUUGGCUGUUGCACCAAAAUCCCGCACUCCGACUACUCUCUCUAGGCUUCUUGAGUAACGCUGAGCAGCUAGAAGCGGCAUCCGUCCGGACGCUUCCUGCUCUUAUCUCCCUUCCUUCGCUCACCGAUGUUGACAUACGGCACCAUGAUCAAAACAUGAACAAUGUAUUUCAGACCCUCGUUGCUCCGAAUCUACGCACUCUUCACUUCGCCAGAGGGAGGACAGGACUCGAUGAAGCUUUGCAGCAUCUUUCGAGAAAUGGGUGCACGAAGUCAUUGACAGAGUUGAGGAUUCAGCGGUGUGCGCUGUCCGCCAACGUGCUUAUCCAGUUUCUGCGUGAAACGGUGGCACUUCAGACCUUGGAAUGGUCGUACGUUGGUGACGGUCAGGCGAACGUCGUCCUAGAGGCCCUCGCAGAACCUGGGAUACACCGUGCAGCGCCUGCAGUCCAAGAAGAGAAUGGUGCUAUUAAAGGUGCAGGGAUACUUUGCCCAUCCUUAAGACAAGUGAACUUCUCACAAUGCCCGGAUAUCAAGGGCGGUCCCGUCGUGCGCCUGGUCAAGACACGUCUGCCUGUUCAGGUUGUGAGCGACCCGGCUGGAAAGGCGAUCGCUGAGGUACCAAAGGGUUCUGUGGUCCCAAUCGAAACAAUCAUCGUGGAUGGCUGUCCCGCUGUGGGUGCUGACAUCCUUCCCUGGCUAAGAAGCAACGUGAGGGUGGUCAGUUGUGUUUACAUGACGAAACAAGAUGCCAAGUGGAGACGCUGA